AUGGCCAUAACAUCUAGUCAGCCCCAAGUCAACCUCACCUGCACGACCUGGAACUCAUAAGCGAACCCAGGUACGACUGCUCUCCAGCGGUCGUGGUGCCCCCUGCUAGAUAACGGACGAGGCAAUGGCGACCGAGCUGUGGCGGGAUAACCACUCACCUACUCGAGCAACCGAGAAGAGGAGGCUCCAGCGGCCUUGAGAUCUAAAUAAUCUCAAAAAUGCCUGACGCAGAAGGCAAGGGGAAACCACUGCGAUCACAUUCCCAAGAGAGUCACAUGAGAGCACAGAAAAAUGAGACACGAUCGCCCUGCGAACCGAUUAGCGACCGGUGCUGCGCUGCGUCCGGGGCGCGUGGUGUGCAGUUGGCUACCGGCCAUGGUGGGGUGAGAGACCAGGCCCUCCAUGGAAACUCUACUACUGGAAACUCUAUUAAACUAAGACGCCUUCAGACGAUAGGAACUUGGAAUGUGCGUGGCUUAAACCAACCUGGAAAACUUAACGUGCUGGAAAGAGAAGUAGUUAGAGUCGGUGUUAACAUCUGUGGUCUAAGCGAAACUCACUGGAAAGGCAGCGGACAUUUAUUGACAGACCGCCACGUCAUUUACUAUUCUGGCAACGACAUUAGUAGCAGCAACGGUGUGGCCUUCUUAAUACCCGCUCAACAGAAGAACUGCGUGAUGGGGUACGAGCCGGUAAGCGAUCGGAUUAUCAGCAUAAAGAUAAAAGCUUCACCAAUUAACCUUAACAUCAUCCAGGUAUAUGCCCCAACCUCUACUGCAAGCGACGAGAAGAUCGAAAAAUUUUACUGCGAAUUAGGAAAUACAAUAGCGAAGAUACCCAAUAGGGAGCUGUUGGUCAUCCUUGGAGAUUUAAACGCUAAGAUCGGAGAGAGCGCUUAUCAACUGGGCAAAUGCGCGGGCAGAUUUGGGCUCGGAAAGCGAAAUGAACGAGGUGAACGCUUGAUACAGUUUGCUUCAGAAAACGAUCUGCUGAUUGUGAAUAGCCUUUUUCAACACCACCCUCGAAGGCUGUACACCUGGGUAUCACCUGAUGGAAAAACUCGCAACCAAAUUGAUUACAUUAUGAUCCGGUCGCGAUGGAGAUCAUCUGUAACAAAUUCUCGUACGCUACCUGGGGCGGAUUGUGGGUCUGUCCACCAACUUCUGAUCUCCAAACUAAAGCUCAAGCUGACUGCAGCAAGAACCAUUAAAAAGCCGAGAAAGCUGGAGGUAAGGGACAUCCUCAAAUUCCGUUCGACUAUGGAUCAAAAGUGGCCCCAGUGGUCUGAAGCCGAUCUAGCUAACGAAACCCCCGAUAUGCUGUGGGACCGUGCUAAAGCACUCAUCACUACAACUGUAUCGGAAGCCGCACCAAAAAUUAAGACCUCCAAAAGACAGCACUGGAUGACGGAUGACACCUUCAAACUCGUCGAGAAACGCCGCAAAAUGAAAUCAAUGGGAGUUGAUAAUAAUAUCGGGAAUCUCAACAAAAUGACCGCACAGAUACAACUUAAAUGCAGGCAAGACCAUAAUGCCUACCUACACAAUAUUUGCAAUGAAAUUGAAACGCACGCUGGCAGGUAUGAGUCAAGAGACUUGUAUCAGAAGAUCCGCCUCAUUCUCAGCACGAUCUUCUCAGCACUUGCCAUAUACGAGCUUCUAUUCAGUCCUGAGGAGCUGCCGCCGGAGCCUCUAGACGCGUGGGCGGCGCCGACCGCGGCCUCGCCGGCGCCGCCGCUGGCGCUGGUGCCGCAGCUGUUGAGCGCUUGCUUCGAGGGCGCGCCUUUCCCGGGAGACGUGGAUACUGCGCUCACGCACCUUAUUGCGGCACUGUCAUCAGAAACCAAGCGCUACAGCGCUUCAAGCGGCGGCGGCGUGUACCCUUACCUAGAGCGUGUGUGCGCAUACUUGAAGCACGCCAGCGAAAGCGGCGUAGCGGCCGCAGCGCUGCCUACACACGCCGCCCGAGCCGCCGCGUUACUGCGUGCAUUGCAGCCUGCUAACAACCCGCGUGUUGCUGAGAUAGCAGAAGCCCUACUACAGCAGUAUACAUACGUUGGUGGGCCUUUGGUGGGCGCCCUGAAGGCUCUAGUGCAGCCCACGCGUGGAAAGCGCGAGCCCGAGCGCCUGCCCGCUCUGCCACCCGCGCCGACCAGAGACCACCUGGUGGCCAUACUGGAGAGCGCGACAGCAAGCACGCUGGAAGCGAUCGGCAACAAGAUCAUAGAGACGCAGAGCACCGAGAUGGUCGUCGACGUCAUCUCGCAUCUGCUGGAGAAGAACCAAGAUGGCUGCUACGAGACCAAGAUCAAAAGCGAGGGACGCUUGGUGGAGGCGCCGCUGUUCGCGCGAGGCAGUCUAGGCUGCGGCCUGCUGCUGGACUGGCUGUCUGAGCUUCAACAAGAGACGCUGGGCCCCCAACCCGAGAGACAGAUGCGGCUGAUGUUCAGUGCGGGCUGCGCGCGCUGGCGGCCGCAGCUGGUGACGCAGCUGGCGCACCGCGCGUCGUGGCGCACGCUGCACACCUGUCUACGAGCGCUGUUGAACCCUGACCGGAAGUGGGCUGCUAGCUCGGUGGUGGAGUUCUGCGCGACGCUGGUGGACUCGCCGCGCGUGUGGCAGGGCCGCGACCGCAGCCCUUCUAAGCACGCGCCCGACGACGACACGCUGCGUCUCACGCACAAGCAGCUGGAAGUCCUGAUUGGCUACAUAGUAGAAGAGGCGGAGGCGGCGUCGGUGGCAGCAGGCGGAGGCGCAGCGGGCGCGGAGGCUCUCCGCAGGCGUAUGGAGGCGCGCCUGACGCUGGUGCUGCGCUGCUGUCCGUCCGAGCCCGCGCUGCUGGCUGCCGCGCUGCCUGCGAGGGUGCACCCUGUGCUGCUGCUGCUGCUGUAUACCAAGGUGCCAGCGAUCCAGCAGCUGCUCUGGUCGAGCGAGGCCCGCCGGCCGGCGUGGUGCGGCGUGGGCUCCACACUGGGCGACGCGCCGGGCGUGCGCGCGGCGGCGGCGGCGUGCACCAGCGCGACGGACCGCGUGGCGCACACGCUGCUCACCGCGCUGGCGCACCAGCCGCACCACGGGAAGGAGCACGCACACAAUGAGUGUGCGAGCGCGACGGACCGCGUGGCGCACACGCUGCUCACCGCGCUGGCGCACCAGCCGCACCACGGGAAGGAGCACGCGCACAAGUCAGUCGAAACUUAUGUAAAGCCUGGUCCGUGA